UUUCGUUGACAUAUAUUCUGUGAAUUUUACUAUGAAAUCGUUUAAUUGGAGAUUGUCUUGCAUAAUUUGUGAACAGAAGCAACCAGCUUUGGAGCAAAAUGCCGCAUUCUAGCAUGGACAAGUUUUCCUCGUGAUCGCACAUGACUUUGUUUUGGAUUUACGCUGCAAUAACCUUGCCCUUAUUGCUUUCCACACAACGACGGAGCUGAUGGUUUUUGGUCACAUAACAUGUUGAACAGAGUCAGCAGGUGGAGUGACGACAACAAAAGUAGUCUAGACGCAGCUAGGGAAGCUGCAGCCAAAGUUAAUACUAUGUUAAUUGCUAAAGGCAAACUCAAACCUUCACAAUUAUCUCAACAGCACAGCAACAAACAAAUGAAGGUCGGCGCUAUUAACAACCUUGUGGUGGCAGAGGUGGAAAUCAAUGAUGUGCCUAUUGGCUGUAGAAACAUGCUCACUCGAGGAUCAACACAGGAGGAGAUUUCAAAAUUUAGUGGCGCAGCAGUGUCCACCAGAGGAAGAUAUCUUAGUCCCGAGGACAGAGCUAGAAACAUGGGGGACCGUCCAUUGUAUCUCUGUGUCCAGGGUCCUGUCCAAGAGUCUGUAGACAUGGCUGUUGGUAGAAUCAAUGAAAUAAUCACCAAUGGGAUGAAGACAAAAGGGACACGUUUUUCUCCAGCGAUACGACCGCCACCUCCCAUGCAGCGUCCGGCUUUUAACCAGCCACCACCUUUGAUGUCAAUUCCUAGUUUACCAGCAGGGAUGAUGUUUCUUCAAGAAAAAUUGUUUAUUGGACUAGAACAUGCACCACCAACUUUUGAUGUUAAGGGCAAAACUAUGGGACCAGGAGGAUCCUAUCUUCAACACAUACAAGCAGAGACAGGAGCACGAGUGACAUUGCGGGGCAAAGGAUCUGGAUUCAUAGAACCUCUAUCUGGCCGCGAAGCCUUUGAACCAAUGCAGAUUCAUAUCCAGCACCAAAAUGUUGUUGGUCUACAGCAAGCCAAGCAGUUGGCGGAAAAUCUCAUUCAAACGGUACAACACGAUUAUGCCCAGUUUCAGCAGGCAUUGGUUGCCAUGCCGCCAACCAUAGCCCCAGGACCGGCCACCAUUCUCGCCGGCAUUCCACAUCAGUCACCUCCAGGUAUGAUGGGUCAACAGCCAGGAAUAGCCACUCUAACAUCUGUUGCACAGCCACCAAUUCAGAGCCAUCCAGGUCUCCAACCAGUCACUUCCUUCCCUGGACUAGUCAACCAAGUAGCAUCAUCAGUGGUGAUGCCCUCUAGCUCUGCCCUAGCUGCAUCCACUACUGUGUUCACUGCUGCACCAGGGACAUCUGUUACAGGGGCACACCCACCUCCUCAGGUUCUGGUCCAGACAACAGGCCCUCCACCUCCCCAUCAGUUGACCACUCUGGCCCCCAUGGGUCCUCCUCAGAUAGAGGCACCUGUACCUACAACAGCCUUGGUUACAACCAUGCAGCCAGAAUUACAGUUGGUAUCACAUUCUCAGCCAGUGCCUAUAUGGGGUGCCCCUCCUCAGCCUCUCCCACCAAGCUCCAUAUAUGCCCAGGUGAAUGGCCAGUCAAGUCCUGCUAUGACUUUUGCAACCUCUGCACCAAUGAUAGUUACCACUUCGUCAACAUACACAUACUCAACUAUGCCUCGAGAGGAGCCAAAGAGGAGAUUUACUGAGGAAAAACAGGAAGAAAAAGUACCAGAGAAUUUAUUAGGAUAUGAACAUGGUCCGCCUCAUCUGACAAAUUUAGUGGUACAGGGGCCCCCACCUCCCAACACCUCUAUGCCUCAACAACAACUUCAAAUCUCUCCCCCUCAAAGUGGGGAUGUGCCACCUCUUGGAAUGCAUGGUGUUCCCCCUGGGUUGCCAAUGGUGUCGGUGGCUCCACCUGGCUUGCCUGUUGAAGAAAAUAGGAAUAUCAUUGGAGGAGUCAGUAGUAAUGGUCUUCAACAGUCACCACAUGCUCCCAGCUCUCCUCAUCCCCCGAAUCAGGAGAUAUCAGACCAGGACAAAAAACUAAUGCCUCCUCCCCCACUACCUGGAAUGAAUUUAAAAAGACAAGGAGGUGAUAGGCAAGGUGGAAUGGAGAGGAAAAAGUCCAAAGGUGCAUUAGGCAGUGUCUCAGCCUAUGGUUCAGAUGAAGAUGAUGAUGAAAUCAAUUCUUCAAUGAAGCAACAGCAGAAGGAGGCUCAGAAAUAUCAAUACAACCAGUAUUCCAAUGCUCCACAGAUCUACCAGCAGGCUGCUCCUGUUAUUGUUGGGGAAGCUCACAUGUUACCCCCACCUCCUCAACAGCAGGGUCUGCCCCCAGGUAUUGAACAGCACAUCCUGCCACCCCAACAACAGGGCAUGCCUCCCCCACCCCAACAACAGGGCAUGCCCCCUCCUCCUCAGCAACAAGGAAUGCCUCCUCCACCACCUCCACAGGAACAGUUUCCACAGGGACAGUAUCCCCCACUCCCAGAGUCUCCAAAUGCUCAGCAACAACAGGAGAUAAUGCAGAUCAACCAACUCCAGCCCCAAGUGCCCUUCCCAAAUCAGCCCCCUCCCAAUCAGCCUUACCCACAGCCACAGCUGGCUGGCAACCCAGGCCAAGAACAGGCUCACCCAUAUCCUCAACACUCCUCACCAAGUCCUUCUCCACAGUUUGUCAAUGUCUCACAGGCUAUUACAGUGGCUGGGCCCCCACCUCCUAUACAGAGGAUUCCUGGGGAGCAAAUCAUGCCUUUGCCAGGGCAGCGUCUUCCCACUCCAGAGGAGAUGCCACCCCCACAUCCAGGAAUGGGCCAGAGAAUACCACAAGAACAGCUCCAGCCACCACCUCCAAGCUUUGCUAAUAUACCGCCACCCCCACCAAAUCAGUCUCAGUUUGCCCCCCAAUAUGCCCCUCAAAAUCCUCCACAGUUCGCCCCUGGCCCUGGACAGCAGUUUCAACCUCAGCAACCACUGCCACCUCCUCCCCCACCAAAUAGUAGCAUGCAGCCACAGCCUCCUAUACAGUUCUGGAUGCCUAAUUGAUAUAGAAUGUUUCUGUAGGAGGAAAAGGCUGUCUCCUCUGGUGUAGUAAGGAUAAUGCAUAAAGGACAAUUAUGCAUUCCAUUCCUGCAAAAUGCCCAGAGAACAUUCAUUGUCUUGUUUGCUAACCUAGUGAGCGCAGGAUUCCAUGAAUGAUGGAAAAUGAUGAGAAAGGUUUUCCGUGAAGAAAGAAACCAUGUGUUUGACGGACUCAUAUCAGGACUGUGAUUCCAAGAGAAAGUUCAAUGUCUUGAAGGAAGACCCAGUUAAGACUGGAAUCUGUGGAUGAGUUAAGCAACAAGAAUGUUAAACGAGGAAGAAAAGAACUGAUGGCAAGGUGCUGCAAACAAUGUUACAGAAUGUUCAUUGUGGAAGGAGAGAACCAAUGGACAGGCAUCACUGAACAUCAAACAAUGUUACAGAAUGUUCAUUGUUUGUGGAAGGAGAGAACCAAUGGACAGGCAUCACUGAACAUUGAACAGUGUAACAGAAUAUUUUGUGAGAAAGAAGAGAAUCAGUGGACACAUGUUACUGAUCAAUGCAAGAGAAUUAUGUGAUGUACAAUGUGGAAGAUAUAAACGAAUGAUACAGGCAUCAGUGAACAAUUUACCAGAAUGUAGGGAACCAUUGGACAGGUGUUCUGCAACUAAGUAAGAUACCCUGUAAGCCAGUGAAGUUAGAUAUGAUGUAACAGUGCUAGAAACAAGUGUUUCAGUCAUUGUUCCUGAACUUCUAUGUGAUAUAUUAUGGAUUUCUUGUGAUCAAACACAAAAUGGUCUUUCAUUACAGAAUCGAAAUUGUGAUGAUGUCUGCUAUGAAUCCUAUGAAUUGAAUUGGUGUAGUGGACAAAGUGCCAAUGAAGAGUAUAGCACCAAUUCUAUCUACUCUUAAAUAAAUUAUACACUGAUGUAGUGGACAUCAGAUUGUGAUGGUUCUUGACCUUAUAGCACCAAUGUGACCUCUGGAUGUGUUUGCCUAUAAGCUUCAACAACAGGUGUAACAGGUGAUGCUGUUGUCAGCUGUUGUGUGUUUUGCAAUGAUCCAGGACUAAAUGUGACAUAGGUACUGUCCACUUUUUCUUGUAUUCAAUGAUGGUGACACAACAGCUGAACUUUUCAUAGCAUUUCUUUAUUACUGUAAGGUGUAAUCUUGAUCUGCUGAAAAUGGAAUUCAGCUGCAGGAGAAUUGGCUGUGUUUUACAGUACAGAUUGAUUUUUCUGUUCAACCAAAUGUGAACUUAUGUAUACUUUUUUUAAUGUUAUGCCACUCUUUGUGAAGCCUUAUGGAUUCUUCCUUAGAUGAGUCUUCUCUUUGUAACCAGAAUUAACUAUACUGUGGAUUCAUUUUCUUUCGUGGGGGUCCAAUUUUCGUUGUUUUCGUGGAUGAGCAAAUCCACGAAUUUAAAAACACAACGAAAUAUGAACUACUUACUAAAGUAAUUUUGGAAUUUGACCAAGUAAUCUUUGCCGACACCGGAAACGUCCACCGGUAAUGACAGAAGCCCCGUAAUUAGUCGGGAGUCGGGUAGCCCAGGAACGUCAGGCUUUCGCAGAUUCAAUUUCCCGGAUUUUAACCACUGUGUUAACGACAUGAUGGAUAAGAUACAUAAUGAUAUGUUCAUCACUGUGAUUUCUUUAUACUAUCGUCAGUGAGUUGUGUUUUUACUUCAUAAUUGUUUCUGCAGAUCUUGUUUACACACCUGUUUACACACAUGGUCCAAUCGAUACGCGUGGUGUUUUCAUAUGACUGCGGUACACCGACUGAUCAGCACACAAUGUUUAUCCACUGAAAACAAUUGUUUCUGGUAAUUACCAAUUGAUUACACGCCUGGAUAUAUACUGAUUUGUGGUUUGAUAUUAAUGCGAGACACAGGACGCCAUCUUGGAAAAAAACGUUCUUUUAUUCUUGUCAUCAGUGUUAAUUCCUGUGAACAUAGCCUUAAUACAAACAGAAAAAAAUUCGACUGGAAGCAAAAAGAGAAAAUUCUAACGUUUUUAUUUUUUUCCCACAGAAUCAAAAAUCCACGAAGUUAUGAGUCCACGAAACUGUCUAAUUUGUAGAAACAACGAAAAUUGAACCCAACGAAAAUAAAUGAAUCCACAGUAGUUUAAGAAGUUUAUAUGUUAAAAAAUUUCUUUGUUCAUCCCAGGAUUAUUAACAAAGUCCCCAUGAUAGAUAUUCCAGUGAAUUUCAGAUAUUAACUUAAAAGCAUGAGAAAUAUGGAUUUUGGAUAUUAACUUCAAAAUGUGAGAUAUUCUAGUGAAUUUUGGGUGUCAUCUUGAAAACAUUAAACAAGAAGAAUGAUUGAUUUUCUCAAAUCUGCUUAAUCUCUCCUCUAGAUAGAGGACUUCAUAUAAUUAACGCAGCCAAACUUUGACACUGACACUACAAUAUUAAAAUCUCAUCAUAAAACUGGGACUGCCUUAAUAGGAAUUGGUAUGUUUUCUACGUACAUUUAAGAUUUUAUAGUUUGACAUAAGCUCUGCAUUUGAAUUAUGAUAAAAAAUGAUUAAAAUUAUUGGUCACAGUAUUACUUUCCAGUUUUAAAUUUGAAUUUCUUAUUUUGCUUUAACUGAAGGUUAUUUUUAUCAUACUUGAUAUGGAAGUUUGUUUUACAUCAAUUUAGAAAUUGUGAAUUUUAUCUCCUUUUUUUUUUUUUUUUUUAUGAAAAAUGUACCAGUGAUUUUGGUUAUAUAGUAGCAGACAGAUUCUGUUCACUAACAACACCUACAGUGUAGUAUUUAAAAGCAUUAAACUGCUCUAUUUUUCUUACCUAAUAUUGUUGACAAUCUAUUAAGUAGAAUAUGUUAUUGAAAAUUAAUGUUUUUUUUAUAGAUAUUUUAUUUUGUUGGGGCUAAAUUUCUUUAUAAUCAGAACUUGGAAGUGUUUAUUUGUGCAGUACUUGUCAGAUCAUGUGAUUUGUUACUUUCAUGAUAAUGUUGUACCUUAAUUGAGACAGGGUUAAUUUCAUUUUUAUUUGUGAGAAAGAGUGAUAUACUUCUGGUGUAGGCAUACUGUAAGCAUACAGUGCAUAUUUUAGCACUUAUCUUACAUUAGCACUUUCUAAAGUGGAAAAUUAUACUGAAAUAGGAUCGUGCCAAUAAAUAGUUUUAAAUAUCAGUUAUUGUGGAUACACAAAUUGAGCCUAUUUGUUAAAAAGUCAUAUUGUGCAAAAAUUUGAUGAAGUUGUAUUUGAAUUGCUUGAUUGUCAGUGAUAACACAAUAACCUUAUCUAAAUUUCCUGGUGAUAAGUGUUAUCUUACAUAUAGUCAUACAUAUGUUGCAUGUAAUUUGAAAAAUGUGGUCUAUUAUGCAGAAUUAUGAAAGUGCUAAUGUGAGUUUGUUUGUAUACUUGACUCAGUUACCUGUUGCGUUUUUUAUUUAAGAUACUUGAUGAAAUCUAAUCACUUUGUCGUUAUAUUCCCUAUAUGUAAUUGUCUCUCAAAAGAAAUGCUAUAUAUAGAUACAUAUUUUUAUAAUUGUAUGCAUGUGAAAGAGGUGGAGGAGCUUUGAGUAAUUGUUGUGAAACUUUAUGUGGUGCUUCUGCAUUUGAAAAGUAGAUGUUGGACGUGAAAUUUGAGUGGUUGGUCUAUUAAUUGUGGGUAUGAAAUGCCAGUUAUGGAUACAAAAUGUGAGUUAUUGAAAUGAAAUCAGAAUUGUGUAUAUUAGAAUUUGGCAUUGAGAGAGAUAGUGUUGAACAUUUGGUAUUAGAUAGAAGUCAUAAGAAUACACAGUAUGGAUAUGACUAAAGAGACUAAACUCUUCACAACUGGUUGGGUAAUAUAAAAAGCACAGUUAAGUUGCACAAUUUAGUGCUAGUCUUAGUUUAGCACUGAAAGAUUGUGCUAAAAUGUGACUGCACUUAUAACAUUUGUUUAACACAAAAUCAUGUAAGUGUGUAGUAUAUAGAAAUCCCCCUUGUUUAGUUGUGUAAGUUAUAAAACUAUUCAAAUUCUGGUUCCCAAAAUAUUCCUAUUAAAAUUUUGAGGUACAAAUGUAGAUCACAUCUGAUAAAGGCAAAUUGCAGAGCAGUACUGUACAUAUUUAAGUGCUGAUGAAAGGCUUUACAAGAGGGAGCCUUCUGACAUCAUAAUUAUGAUGAAAGUUGAAAGAGAAAGGCUUUUUAAAAUAUGUUUCAUUAAGCGUGUCUGUAUUUUGUAUUGUCAUGGCUACUGAAUGCACUAAUUUUACUUGUAUGUAGGGUACAUUUAAAUAUUAUGCAAGGGACAUGGAUGUUAUGACAUAAUCAGUAUGUAUGACAAGCGAUGUGAUGAUGCUCCUCCAGAUUUGUACACAUUAAAUGCCUGAACAAACA